ACUUGGUUCUAGCCCAAAUAGCCAUUUCUAAUCAGAGAAGCCCAGUUUCUAGCAUCCGCCCAGGAUUGCAUUUUACGCACCCCCCUUAUCCUUUAGUAUUUCUGUGAACCGCUCCACUGAAAAAACACAGUUCGACCAUGGCGACUUCUUCGCUUGCUUCCUCUUUCACCUCUCCAACUUCAUCGAGUUCCCCAUUUUCCUCUCACCCUCUCUCCAAAUUAUCUACUCCGCCCCUUCUCUCCUUCUCAUGUUCCCUCAAACCUUUCCUCGCAAAAUCAAAAACCGAUUUUUUCCUCCAAAAGCGAGACACUCAUGGCUUGCCAUCGUCCAGCAUCAGAGCCCAGACCCUGGACUUCUCCAGCUCGUUCUUCGAGGGCGGUUUUGGGUCCGAAGAUGACUCUCCAUCACAGGCCGGGCCAGGAGUGACGGCCGUCGAGGACAAGCCUGAGCCACAGUGUCCGCCAGGCCUCCACCAGUACGAGACAAUGGCCGUUUUGAGACCCGAUAUGUCUGAAGACGAGCGGCUUGCUCUUACCCAGAAGUACGAAGAGGUGCUUGUUGCUGGUGGUGGCAUGUAUGUGGAGGUAUUUAAUAGAGGUGUGAUUCCUCUAGCUUACAGUAUCAAGAAGAAAAACAAAGCGGGGGAGACUAACACAUACUUGGAUGGUAUUUAUCUUCUCUUUACGUACUUCACUAAACCAGAGUCCAUGGAGGUUCUUGAGGCAGCACUUAAAACGGACGAUGAUGUAAUCCGAUCAUCUAGUUUUAAGAUAAGGAAGAGGAAGUAUUAGUUUAUAUGAAAGCUGUGUUCAUCUCUGAUUAGUUUCAUUCUCUCUGUAGUCUCAUGUAUUGUUAUUUCAAAGAUUGGGGAAUAUUAUUUGUUCUCUGUAACAUAACUUGACUCAUGGUAAUAGAGAGAAAACAUGUUAAUCUUUUCAAUGGAA